AAAAUAAAUAUGAUAUUAAUCAAGAUCUUCUUGAUAAUGAUGACUCCGCCUCGUAUAACCAAAGUGAAGAAGAAUUCCAAAAUAUAUUUUCUUAUGGAUUAAGUUCUACAAAGCGAGAUUCAUCCAUGUGUCAAUAUUUUGAUAAAACAACAAUAGAUAAUCCAGGUUUACCUGUUUGCAAAGAGUGUAAAAAAGUAUUCUCAUCAGUAACUGCAACAACAUCACUAAGACACCAUUUAAAUAUAUAUAAUAUAAUAGCAUCAAAGCGAGGACAAAAGCUCUUAAAUCCAAACCCUCAUUUGAAAAUAGAACAGCAAGAACAAGACAAUUUGGUUGUAAGAUGGAUUGUUUGUGACAUGCAACCAUUUAGCGUCGUAGAGGGUGAAGAAUGGUGA